AUGUCGAGCAACAUCUUUGGCACACUCAAACACGUGACUCACCGCAAGUUGGCCAAUAUCCAGGCACAGAGGGAUCGUCUCACCCAUCUACGCCAACAAGCAACCAGCAUCCCCGAUGCAUCGCCCUCGACCACGCUCGAGGCGCUGUUGGUCAUCUUUGACCAGUUGAACGAGACCAAGACGCGCAUCGAAUCGCCCUACCAUGUCAAUCUGACGCCCAAACUCAUCGCAGACCUCCACCAGCAGGCUGAGUACGAUCGCACCAUCACCUCCUCCAUGAUCCAGGGCUGGUGCACCAUGUUGAACCAGAAACUCGACCAACGCGUGCGCCAGCUCGACCAUGCCCUCAUCUACGGAAGAUUGGUCAUUGAAUGGGUGCACGAUCACGAGCAGAAACAAGAGGACCAGCACACCGCUCACGCCACGCCACGCCAAGCGAUGCAUGAGCAGCGUCAAGAGUGGGAAACACUCGCUUUUCGCCCGGAUCCCGUCAACGAGGAAACACUCACCGCUUACCUUGUCGACACGUUUGCCUCUGCCAUGAAACCGCUCAAGGCCGGCUCGGCGUCUGCAUUGGACACAUUGCGCGAAAAGAUCAAGUACCACAGCGACCAUUUUGCCUCAUUUGACCAAGAAGCCGUUCGAAGCGCCAUCGAUCAAGUGCUAUCUAACGACCUGUACGCCGGAGACAAACGAACGAAAUUGCGCGAUCUCACUGCGCACAAGAAUGUGCUGACCGAGAUUGCCGACAUUCUCAACCAGGACCUCGAACAGCUCAACACAUGGCAGUGGGCAGAUGGCGGGGUACAGAUGUCCAUGCGUCGUCACAUCAACGGAAAGUACCGCGUCUACAUGGACGAGGAAGUCUACCAAGCCAUUUUUCUGGCCCACAUUGGCAGCAUAUGGUCUGAUUGCUUCCACACUCACUUUAUGCGCUUUUUCGAUCACUCCUGGAAGCACGGCGCCGGUCGCCAGCUUACCAAGGAGCAACAACGCUUUCGCAACAGGCGAUUUCAACGCAUCGAUGAAAACGCCGAUCCGAGCGGCACCAGCAGCAUCCACCGCCUGCGCAAGAAGCACUACCAGGACAAAUUCUGGUUGUCGGCCAUUUCGCCCAACAUGCGCGAGUCGUUAACCGCUGCGUACGAAGACGACAGUGAGGGUCGCCAGCAUGACAACCACUCGCUCUCCUUUGCCGACAUCAAGCAGCAGCUUUUGCGCAUGAUCACUGCCGAGCAGCUCAUUCAAUGUGACCUCUAUGGCCAUUUCACCAUCCUGCAGUCCGAUUUUCGCUGGUUUGGGCCGUCGUUGUCGCAUACCACAAUCCUGACGGUGCUCAAGUUCUUUGGCAUGCCGCGCAAAUGGCUGGAUCUCUUUGCCAAGUUUCUCUCUCCCUCGAUCUCGUUUGCGGCCGAUGGUGCUCAAGCUCAACGCCGUGUACGCACGUGUGGUAUGCCGAUUGCACACCAGUUGAGUGCGCUGUUUGGCGAGACAGUCUUGUUCGCAUUGGACUUUACGAUCAACCAGGCCACCGAGGGAGGCUACCUCUACCGCAUCCAUGAUGACCUCUGGUUUUGGGGUCGGCAGGAGCAGUGCGCUGUGGCUUGGAAAACCUUGCAAGAGUUCAGUGCGGCGACCGGGUUGCAGCUCAAUAUGGACAAGACGGCCGCUUGCACGUUGCAGAGCACGACAGCGUCGCCUCUUUUCGACGAGGACCGGCAAGAGUUGCCUGCGCCAAGCAAGGUAGACACCACGUCGACCUCGGACGCCAUCCUGCCCUGGAAUCCGAUCCGGUGGGGGUUCCUGGUGCUGUCGGCCGACAAGGGUUGUUGGGACAUUGACGAAGUCAAGCUGGAGGAGCACGUGGAUGAGAUGCGGGUGCAGCUCGACGCGACGGGGAGCCUCAUGUCUUGGGUGCGGGUGUGGAACAGCUACAUGGGCAGUUUUUUUGGCAACAACUUUGGCAAACCAGCCGUGUGCCUGGGCAAGGAACACAUCCGCAUCUGCAUGCGAGCCUUUGAGACGGUUCAACAGCGGCUCUUGCAAGCGGCGGGGGGCCGACAUGCAAACUUGACCGACACCGUGGCGGCCAUGUUGGAAGCGCGGUUUGGCAAGCAGCAGCAGGGUGUGCAAGCGAGUCUGAUCUAUUUCCCCGCGGAAUUGGGAGGCUUGGCGGUGCAAAAUCCACUGAUGGCGCUGAGCAACAAGUUACUGGUGGAGAAACAGGAGACCUCGCAAGAGAUUGUUCAAAAAGCCUGGCAUGCAGCACGCCAACGGUUUGAUCGAAUGGUGGCCAAGUGGGACAAGGCCAUGUUGCAACAGAAACGGCUUCGCGAUGAGAAAGACGAUCAAGUGUACGGGGAAGCAUUUAUGACGUUCUCCUGUUUCAUGGCGAAUGCUGAAGAGACCGAAUCAGCGCUCUGCACGGCAUAUACAACUCUGCUCAAAGAUCUGCAGGGCGACGAGGAAGGCAUCACGCCGCCUUUCAUCUUUGAGGAUCAGCAUGUGGAAGGCUCUCGAGUCUACCAGCUAGCCUCCACGAAGUCGCGCAACCCGUUUUACUGGAAGAGGAUCCUACAGCUGUACGGCGCCGAGACGCUCGAGUACUACGGCUCGCUGGUCAUGGCCCAAGCCGGUGCCUUGCCCAUGGGUGUCGUCAGCUAUCUUUCCUCUGAAAAGAUUCGCUGGCAGAGUUGA